UCCACAUCGCACGCAACGCCUUUCAUCUUUCUCUUCUAAUGUUUACGUAGAAACAGAGUCCUACUACUACUACUACAACUCCCAUAUAUUCAUUUGAAACAUCUUUCAUCCUCUCUCUCUCUCUCUCUCUUUCUCUCUCUGCUUUUGGAUCCGAACCGAGCAGCUAUGUCUUCCACUGCCAUUGAAUCCACCGCCGACACCCUCUCCAGGCUCGGCAUCAACGCGGAUUUCGCCUCCUCUGCUCCUAAUUUGCACAAGAACCUCCAACUCCUCUCCUCUGGACAGAUUGAGCUGGCGAAGGUGCUGUUGGAGAUGGGGCAGAGUCAUUUGUUUGAGCAUUGGGCUGACCCCGGUGUCGAUGACGAGGAAAAGAAAGGUUUUUUCGAUCAGGUGGAUCGGCUUAAUUCAAGCUAUCCUGGGGGAUUGGCAUCCUAUGUUAAAUCUGCCAGACAGCUCUUAGCAGAUUCACAAGCAGGAAAGAACCCUUUUGAUGGCUUCACACCUUCAGUUCCGAAAGGUGAGGUUUUGACUUUUGGUGAUGAAGACUUUAUCAAUUUUGAGGAGGCAGGGAUCAGAGAAGCCCAGAAGGCUGCAUUCGUCCUUGUUGCAGGAGGGCUUGGGGAACGUUUGGGAUACAAUGGAAUAAAGGUGGCUCUUUCAGCAGAAACGGCCUCAGGGACAUGUUUCUUACAGAAUUACAUUGAGUCUAUUCUGGCUCUUCAAGAAGCUAGCUGUAGACUCGUACAAGGUCUGUCACCUCCCAAUGGAAAUUGUGAUGCAAUAUCGGGAGAAUGUGGUUGUCAAACACGUAUUCCUUUCGUUAUAAUGACAUCAGAUGACACACAUGCACGCACCAUAGAGCUUUUAGAAUCAAAUUCAUAUUUUGGAAUGGAACCUGCACAAGUAAAACUUCUAAAACAGGAAAAGGUCGCAUGCUUGGAUGAUAAUGAUGCUAGGCUUGCAGUUGAACCCCGUAACAAAUACAGAAUUCAGACAAAACCUCAUGGCCAUGGUGAUGUGCAUGCACUUCUCUUUUCCAGCGGCCUUCUGAAAAUAUGGCAUGAUGCUGGUUUGAGAUGGGUUCUGUUUUUCCAAGAUACAAAUGGGCUUCUGUUCAAGGCAAUUCCAGCAUCUUUGGGUGUAAGUUCUACCAGACAAUACCAUGUUAACUCUCUUGCUGUGCCACGCAGAGCAAAAGAAGCCAUUGGAGGAAUUACAAAACUUACUCAUGCUGAUGGUAGGACUAUGGUGAUCAAUGUGGAAUACAAUCAGCUUGAUCCUCUGCUUAGAGCAACUGGACAAGUUGAUGGAGAUGUUAAUGACAAGACUGGCUUUUCUCCUUUCCCAGGAAAUAUAAACCAAUUAAUUUUGGAACUUGGUCCGUACAUUGAGGAGCUCACUAAAACAGGAGGUGCUAUAAAGGAGUUUGUUAACCCAAAAUACAAAGAUGCUAGCAAGACUUCGUUUAAAUCCUCAACACGACUAGAGUGUAUGAUGCAAGACUAUCCAAAAACUUUGCCUCCCUCAGCAAGGGUCGGAUUUACGGUGAUGGAUGCAUGGCUUGCUUAUGCACCUGUGAAGAACAACCCUGAGGAUGCUUCUAAGGUACCAAAAGGAAAUCCAAAUCAUAGUGCAACUUCUGGAGAAAUGGCCAUCUAUCGUGCAAACAGCCUUAUUCUUAGAAAGGCUGGUGUCCAAGUUGCCAAUCCAGUACGCCAGGUGUUUAAUGGGCAAGAGGUAGAAGUCUGGCCUAUAAUCACAUGGCAGCCCAAAUGGGGCCCAACUUUUGCAGAAAUCAAAAGGAAGGUUUGUGGAAAUUGCAUUAUUUCCCAGAGUUCUAGUAUGGUUAUCAAGGGCCGCAAUGUCUUUCUUGAGGAUCUGUCUUUGGAUGGAGCUCUUCUCAUCGAUGCUGUUGAAGAUGCAGAGGUAAAAGUACGAGGUUCAGUGCAGAACAAAGGCUGGAUGCUCGAAAAUAUUGAUUAUAAAGAUGCUUCGGUGCCUGAGCAACUAAGAAUCAGGGGUUUCAGAAUAAACAAAGUAGAGCAGCUUGAGAAGAAUUACUCAGAACCUGGCAAGUUCAGCUUGGAGCCUUGAGAGUGAGCUUAUCCAGAGACUUUUAUCAUAUCACUUCUGAAGCCAGAAAUAAAACUUUGUUUUGUUUUAUGAAUUAUGAUUCUUAUGUAUCUCGUCCAGUUGAUCUAGUUCUAACAAAGAUUAGGUCCAAGCCAAACCCUUUCAGAGCAAAUUAAGGAAUGAUAUUGAAUCUGUUGCAUAGAUUUUGUUACCCCUGGUAUAUCAAUAAAAGUCCUUUGCCUAGUUUUAUGAACA